AUGCCACUAUCGGUGUACGUAAUCUUUAAUAUUAUAUCAUUUUGUGUGCAGUAUACAUUUUUAUCUCCAACUACCGCAUCAGUUUUUCAAUUCACUGAAGAAGCACGGGCUGCUCUUUGUCCAUUUGUUGGUACCACUGGAAUGAGAUGCUUCGAUGGUAAUCCUUUACAUCGUUCUAGCAGAAACUUUGAUUUAGAAUUAACGAGAUUGCCACGCGGCGUUGGCAUCAGUGUUGAUAGAGCUACUGGCCAAAUGAAGGCUCCAGUGGUAAAAUUAACAUAUCCAUCUACAGGCAGUCGUACAUGGACUGAUGGUCAUACAGGCGAAAUCUUUGAUCUAUUUAAUGAGGCCACAUUGGGAUCAGCCAAUCGAAUUGCAGCCGCUUACGAUACUACUCGUAUUCACAUUUUUCACAAUGCUUCACAGUUAAGUGCAGCAUGGCGGCAAACAUUUGCUGAUGGCAAAGUUCGUGGUGGUGAAUUAGCCCGUCGGCCAGAAAUGCUUGAAUAUUUCGAGAACUACUUCAGCCGUGAAGAGGCUUUAGCACUGUCUCAACGCGUAAUUGGUCUGUACACGUUAACAUUAAAUGCCUCAGCUGUUCAGCUUAAUGAAUUUGCAAGUCGUGCAAUUUCACAACUAACAGCAGCGUUUGACUCAGAUCUCUAUGAAGAUUUUGUUGACACCUGGGGAACCCAUAUCAUUACUAGAUCACUUGUUGGUGGCAUGAUUGAAGAGCGAGCAAAAGUGAUACGAUGCUCUCGUGUGUCUGAUGAUGCUCGAUUCGCUCACUGCAUACCAUUCGGUGAUCGGGGUCCAAUUAGUUCUAACUGCACCUAUUAUACUGAUCGGAUGCGAGUGAUUUCAAAGCGUCGUCUUGGUGGCAAUCAGGAAAUCGAUAACGACUAUGAAUGGAAAAAAACGUUGGCCACCGGACCCGCUCUGCUGCAGAUUCUUGAGAUGGUUCCUUUGUUUGAAUUUGUUACUGAUAAGGCGGUGAAACAAAAUUUGAUUACAAUCAUCCGGUAUCGCCAAAGACAAUUCGAUGUUAGUCAAGCAGAAUCCGUUCGACUAGUCGAUUCACGUUUACAACCGUGUGUUUCAGCUCCUUUUUGUUCGGCUCAUAUCAAUGCUAACUCAAUUUGGAAAAAGAAUGGCAUCACUGUAGCCGGAGGAAAUGGACCAGGUGGCGGAAUGAAUCAAUUAUAUUAUCCACACGGUCUGUUCCUUGAUAACGAGCAAACUCUUUACAUAGCUGAAUGGCACAAUCACAGAAUUGUUGAAUGGAAAAGUGGAGCAGCUUGGGGUCGAAUCAUAGCUGGUGGAAAUGGCCAACUGAAAAAUCCAGGUGAUUUGAUUGUUGACAAAGCCAGAGAUAGUAUCUUCAUUUGUGACUAUGUACAUAAACGUGUUGUACGAUCGUCACUGCGAAAUGCAAAUACUGAGGAAGCAAUUAUUUCUGGGGUUGCUAGUUUUGGAGUGACAAUGGACCAACAAGGAUUUCUAUAUGUCAGCGAUUCGGAGAGACACGAGGUGAGACGAUGGCAAGUUGGAGAAACACAGGGAAUAAUUGUAGCUGGUGGUAAUGGGGCCGGAAGUCGACUUGAUCAAUUAAAUAGCCCGAGAAAGAUCUUUGUCGAUCACGAUGAUUCAGUUUAUGUGUCGGAUGUGUUCAAUGAUCGUGUGAUGCGAUGGCCAAAAGGAGCAAAAGAAGGAAUAGUAGUGGCUGGUGGUCGUGGUCGAGGCAGUUUACUUUCUCAAUUGUAUUUCCCUGAAGGAAUCAUUGUUGAUCAGUUCGGGACACUCUAUGUUGCGGAUAGAAACAAUCAUCGAAUAAUGCGUUGGCCUAAAGGAGCAACUGAGGGACAGAUUCUCGUUGGUGAAAGUGGUGUCGGCUCUCUAGCAAACCAACUCAAUACACCGAUCGGUUUGUCGUUCGAUCGUCACGGAAAUCUUUAUGCGGCUGAUCACUACAAUCAUCGAGUUCAAAUGUUUGAAAUCCAGGGAACAGCAUGA